UCAGGACCACCGGGACCCAAAGGAGACCAAGGCCAUGAAGGGAUGGAGGGUGAACCUGGUCUUCCCGGCCUGCCUGGGCUGCGAGGGCUACCCGGGGAGAGAGGACCACCAGGACCACGUGGCUUGAAAGGGGACCAAGGAGAUCUUGGCCCUCCAGGUCCAGUGGGGAUGCGGGGGUUCAAAGGUGACCGAGGUCCGAAGGGAGAGAAGGGGGACCGAGGUGGCAGCACGGGAUCAAGCUCAGGACUGAGCUCGCCCGGGAUGAUUCGGCUGGUGAACGGCUCCGGCUCCCACGAGGGACGGGUGGAGGUCUUCUAUGACCGGCGUUGGGGCACGGUGUGCGACGACGGCUGGGACAAGAAGGAUGGAGACGUGGUGUGCCGGAUGCUGGGCUUCCGAGGCGCUGAGGAGGUGUACCGCAUGGCCAGGUUCGGCCAAG